AACCCAGCAGAAUUAGAUACGUCCGAUUAUGGAAGCAUGGGCUUAAUAACUGAUUUGAACGAGAAAAAGCUGCUUGUCUGGUAGACUGCUGCUUAAACUCAUCCCGUGGACCGCGUGGGCGGUGCAACGAGCACUGGUAGGAUGGAGAAGAUGGGGUGGAGGGGCAGUCCGUUUCCACGCUCACUCACUGGUGGCAUUGUCAUGGAAACAAGACCACCGCUUCGCUAUUGUCUCGCGCCCUACAGAGUUUAUUAUAAGCACCGCGCGAGACCCAGCGCGCGUCAAACGGAGCGCAGCGCGGAGAGGAGAGGAGAGCACAGCUGAAGGCACGCACAGACAGAGGGAGGUAAAGAAGGAGAAAACAUCUGGAUUAUCCAGGGGGAAAACUCUGCAGACAGAGAUAUACAAACUAAAAGAGUUUGGGAGAAGAAAAAAGUCGGAGAUUCUCGAGAGAAAAGCCUAAAUCCGACACGCCGUUACCUCCAUAAACAAGCAGCAGCUGCGUGAAAGCCGCGGACCGGUGUCUGCACCGGCUCACCUCCAUGUAUAAGAUGGAUUACUCCUACCUGAACUCCUACGACUCCUGCAUGGCGGCCAUGGAAGCGUCGGCCUACGCGGACUUCAGCUCCUGCAGCCAGGCCAGCUCCUUCCAGUACAACCCGAUCCGGAGCGGGCCGUUCUCCAACCCGGGCUGCACGCCGCUGAGCACGGCCAGCUGCACGCUGGGAGCCCUGCGAGAGCACCAGCCCACACCGUACUCCUCCGUCCCCUACAAGUUCUUCUCGGACCCUUCUGGGCUGAACGAGAAGAGGAAGCAGCGGCGCAUCCGGACCACCUUCACCAGCUCCCAGCUGAAAGAGCUGGAGCGGGUCUUCGCCGAGACGCACUACCCAGACAUCUACACCCGAGAGGAGCUGGCACUGAAGAUAGACCUGACCGAGGCCCGGGUGCAGGUGUGGUUCCAGAACAGGCGUGCCAAAUUCCGCAAGCAAGAGCGGGCAGCCAACGCCAAGGCCAACAGCUCUGGUGGCAACACUGGCAGCAACAGCAGCAGCUCUGGGGGGAAGAAAGGCGGAGAAACAAGAUCUUCGUCAGAUGAUGACGAGUCCAAAGAGUCCACCUGCAGCCCCACACCCGACAGUACCGCCUCCUUGCCCGGCUCGGCCAAUGGAAACCUGGGGAGCCCCGCCAGCCUGAGCCCCAGCCCGGCCCCCACCAACAGUGGCUACACCAAUGCGUCCAGCUCCCCGGUCCUCCAGGGGCUGAAGCCGCCCAGCUGGUCCAGCCUAGGGCCGUCCAACCCGGCUGUGGCCCAACCGGCUGCUCAGACUCAGGAGAUUCUGAAGGCCUGGCAGCCGGCGGACAGUAUGACCGGGCCUUUCGCUGGAGUUCUGUCCUCCUUCCACAGAAAACCCAAUCCUGCCAUCAAAACAAAUCUGUUCUGAGGCAAACAAGGGGAGAAGAAAAGGACCAAUCAGGAACAGAUAAGAGCUUCAAUUUUUUUUUUUAGUUGGAGAAUCAAAACAAGCCCAUCAUGUUCUGGUCAGAGCUCAGAUAAUACAAGGUCUGCUAGUUCAAGCAUGUUAUGCAGAUGUACAGAACCUACUUGGACAUGGACAGAUUCCUGUGACUCUACUUUUCACCUGAGUUGUUCCUUUCUAAGACCAAACUGAAAGACUUUCUCUAUUUAAUGACAUUGAACUCUACAGUACAGCCCCCAGUUCCUUGCAUCUUCUCUGUCUUUGUUGCAUACCCACAUUCCCACACUCUGCAGCAGCUCCGAUGACUCAUGGAGGUCAGGUACGACCUAAAAGCAGAAAUCCAAACAUCACCGAUCUUUGCUGAGGAAACAAAGCAAACCUUUACCCUCAAGCACAACUAGAUAGACAGUCUUUUGUGAAAUGCCCCCAAAUCUCUUUGCCAAGCGGAGUGGGGGUGCCACCAAAAUCCAAUUAGAGCUGCUGGGUUCAGACCAGACACCUCCCCAGAUCAGCUCAUUCCCUCCUCCAUAUGCAACAUGUCGAAUUCUGACUUCUAAGAAAACACUUUCCACUUUGUUCAAACUCUAAAGGGUGCAGGUUUUGGAGCCAAACUUCCAGUUUAAGCCUACUGCACAUCCACAGAGCUGAGCACACCCUGCAAAUCUAUGGGUCCAACUGCAUAACUGAUCUGUUCUGCUGCUGGUAAAGCAAUGCAACCGGAUCCCACAGACAGAAGAGGUUGCUUUCCCUUCCUUCAACCUGCUUUCAUCAGCGUUUUAGACUAACACAGGAUUAUUUGUUCUAAACUUACAUGAAAUGUCCAGUUUUGUCCCUUAAUGCCUCAACCUUGGGCUUGUUGAUGCAAAACUGCUGGUAAAUUUUCUGUUUCCUCAGAAUAAAAAACAACAUGUAUUUAUUAAUAUUUUU